CGUCCAACCCGAUAUGCUAGACAAGCAGGAGGUCGUCGUGUUGUGCAUUCUAGUCUCUUAUAUUCUGCUCAUUGUAGCCCUUUUCGUUCUCAUCCUUCAAAGCCUGCCUUGGUCCCGUCUCAACAGCUCAAGAUUUUCCUACUUGUUCUUGUUUUUGACCGCAUGCUCUUUUGCACAUACUUGGUACUACAUGUUAGGAGUGUUCACGACCAGUUAUAUGGAAUACGAAUCACGGGUUGAAGGAGACCCAGCGCGUUCGUUAUUGAAGAGAAUCGCAGUCUGGCUGGUGGAUACCUCUCUGUUCGAGGAGGCCUGGUCAAAAGCAUGUUCUGGUGCUGUGAAUUGGUGGUGGAGUGAGCAGAUAUGCACGUAUACCGCAGGUCCUUGGACUGUCUUCCUUUUCAUUCAAGGACAAAGAUACAAAAUCAAGCACUUAUGGGCAUAUAUGCUCUUGGGUCAAUUGGUCGCUAUCUCGGUCGGGUCUAAUCUCUUUUAUCUGGCCAUCAUCCUCUCUGGAUGGCAAUCUCGAACAACAAAGUCAGCGUCUUUCUAUGCACCACCCGUCCUGUCGAUCAGUGUGUUGCUGUCACUCAUAACAGUCGCCAAUUCGCCAUUCACCAACGCCGAUAGCUUUCUACCCAAUCUACUCCUGAUGCACAUACUCCUUCUAGUGCCCUUGAUGUUCGCAAACCAUGGUGGGGAGUACUCGAUUCGACUUUCGGUCCCUUACAGAUCCCUCCACAUCGUUCUAUUUUCCUUCAUUCUCGUGUUGCGCGUAAAGACGACGCUGGCAGCAAUCCGAUCUACGUCGGACUCGUCUCCACUCCAUGGCUUUAUCCCAUUCUUCAAAUCCGCUGCCACUGUCCUACAUUCACAUCCCGCACAAGCCUCUCUCGGGUGGGAUGUGAUAUGGACAUCAAUGUCUUUUGUGUUUUGGACAGUUUUACAUCAAGGAGUAAGUCUCGCUCCAUUUAGUGCGUUCUUUGUGUCAGCAGGCGUGGUGGCCCCAUGGUUAGCAGCGUCCGAGGCCGAACUUGACCAGAUGCAGUAUGUCAUAAAACACGAGUGA